CUCAAUUCUCACACUCAAAAAAAAAAAAAACUUCUCAUUCUCUCGUUUUUUUUUAAUGGAAUUGCCGGAAUACUUCAUUGCGGGAUAUUUUGCCGCCACUCCGGACCAACUCUCGUCGGAGAAGCGUCACGCUGACCAGAAGCCCGGCGAGGUUUUCACCAUUGACGACCUUCUCGACUUCUCCAACGCCAACACCGACGCUAUCACAUCUGACGGAUUUUUCAACAAUACCGCCGGAAACUCCACCGACGUCUCUGUCGUCACCGCAGUCGACAGCUGUAACUCCUCCAUUUCCGGCAGCAGCUUCCGCUGCUUCGCCGGAGUGGAUCCUCAAUUCUCCGAAGAGUUCUGCGUUCCGUAUGAUGACGUGGUGGAACUGGAAUGGCUCUCGAAUUUCGUUGAAGAGUCCUUUCCGGCGGAGGAGGAGCUGAAAACUCUUCACCUUAUCUCCGGCGUGAAGCCUCAGACACCUCAAUCGUCUUCUUCUUCGGAUGCUCGAAACGCACCGUUAUUCCACCCCGAAACGCCUCUCCCAGCCAAGGCACGAAGCAAGCGCUCACGCGCCGCGCCUGGUGAUUGGUCCACGCGCGUGGUUCGGGUUGUUAAAACGGACGCGGAGCAAAGGCCCGCGAAGAAGAGAGAUGGGGCGAAUUCCGAGGCAUCGGGCCGAAAAUGCCUGCACUGCGCGGCGGAACAGACGCCGCAGUGGCGAACUGGGCCCAUGGGCCCAAAGACAUUGUGCAAUGCAUGCGGGGUAAGGUAUAAAUCUGGGAGGUUAGUGCCGGAGUACCGGCCCGCUGCAAGCCCAACGUUUGUGUCCACGAAGCAUUCAAAUUCGCAUAGGAAGGUGUUGGAGCUGAGGAGGCAGAAGGAGAUGCAGCAUCACCGUUUGAUUGGUCAGAGUUCGGUUUUCGACAUAUCCAGCGGUGAAGAUUCGUAUUUGAUUCAUCACCACAACUGUCCAGAUUAUAGGAACGUCUAACUUAGCUUUCACCGUGGAGCCCUCUUACAUUUAACUUUUUCUUUUUAAUUUCACUCUUUUUCAAAAGUUUUAUAAGCUAAAUUUGAAACUAUAGAAUUGUUCUCGUCUUUUUGGGACUACAAGUGAGUGCAACUCAAAAAAGCAAAAACUGCUGUAUAAUUAAAGGAGAAUAUAGUAGAGUUGUAGAAA